CGCGUGCGCAUGCGGGCCAGGGGCAGAAUCUUCAUGGUCGCUCCCUCCGUCGAGAUCCACCUUGGUUUUGAGUCUCGCGCUCUCUUCGUUCGCUUCUCGGCGGGUUCGCUCCCCUUCUCGCGCCCCGGGACAGCGAGGCUGGGGAAGGGUUGAAAGGGCUGUUGAUCGUCGCCUUUAACUUGUGCGUGGGGCGGCCAUGUCGGCCGGCGAGGUCGAGCGCCUGGUGGAGCUGAGCAGCGGGACCGGAGGGGAUGAGGAGGAAGAGUGGCUGUAUGGCGGCCCAUGGGACGUGCAUGUGCACAGUGAUUUGGCAAAGGACCUAGAUGAAAAUGAAGUUGAAAGGCCAGAAGAAGAAAAUGCCAGUGCUAAUCCUCCAGCUGGAAUUGAAGAGGAAGCUGCUGAAAAUGGAGUGUCAAAACCGAAAGUGACUGAGACUGAAGAUGAUAGUGACAGUGACAGUGAUGAUGAUGAGGAUGAUGUUCAUGUCACUAUAGGAGACAUUAAAACCGGAGCACCACAGUAUGGGAGUUAUGGAACAACACCAGUAAAUCUUAAUAUCAAGGCAGGGGGAAGAGUGUAUGGAAAUACAGGAACCAAAGUCAAAGGGGUAGACCUUGAUGCACCCGGCAGCAUUAAUGGAGUGCCACUAUUGGAAGUAGAUUUGGAUUCUUUUGAAGAUAAACCAUGGCGGAAACCUGGUGCUGAUCUUUCUGAUUAUUUCAAUUAUGGCUUUAAUGAAGAUACUUGGAAAGCUUACUGUGAAAAACAAAAAAGGAUACGGAUGGGACUUGAAGUUAUACCAGUUACUUCAGCAACAAAUAAAAUUACGGCCGAAGACUGUACUAUGGAAGUUACACCAGGUGCAGAGAUCCAAGAUGGCAGAUUCAAUCUUUUUAAGGUGCAGCAAGGGAGAACUGGAAAUUCAGAGAAAGAAGCAGCACUUCCAUCUACAAAAGCUGAGUUUACGUCUCCGCCAUCAUUGUUCAAGACUGGCCUGCCACCAAGCAGAAACAGCACAUCUUCUCAGUCUCAGACAAGUACUGCCUCCAGAAAAGCCAGUUCAAGCGUUGGGAAGUGGCAGGAUCGAUAUGGGAGGGCCGAGUCACCUGACCUAAGGAGAUUACCUGGUGCAAUUGAUGUCAUUGGUCAAACAAUAACCAUCAGCCGAGUAGAAGGAAGACGGAGGGCAAACGAAAACAGCAAUAUACAGGUCCUUUCUGACAGAUCUGCUACUGAAGUAGACAACAAUUUCAGCAAACCACCUCCAUUUUUCCCUCCAGGGGCUCCUCCCACUCACCUUCCACCGCCUCCCUUUCUCCCUCCUCCUCCAACUGUCAGCACGGCUCCACCUCUGAUCCCACCUCCAGGUAUUCCAAUAACUGUACCACCUCCAGGGUUCCCUCCUCCACCAGGCGCUCCGCCUCCAUCUCUUAUACCAACAAUAGAAAGUGGCCAUUCUUCUGGUUACGACAGCCGUUCUGCACGAGCAUUUCCAUACGGCAAUGUUGCCUUCCCCCAUCUUACCAGUUCAGCUCCCUCAUGGCCUAGCCUUGUGGACACCACCAAGCAGUGGGACUAUUAUGCACGUAGAGAGAAAGACCGAGACCGAGACCGAGAGAGAGACAGGGACCGAGAGAGAGACCGAGACCGGGACAGAGAAAGAGAGCGCACCCGAGAGAGGGAGCGGGAGCGGGAUCACAGUCCCACCCCCAGCGUUUUCAACAGUGAUGAAGAGCGAUACAGAUACAGGGAAUAUGCGGAAAGAGGCUAUGAGCGCCAUAGAGCUAGUCGGGAAAAAGAAGAACGACACAGAGAACGACGUCACAGAGAGAAAGAGGAAACCAGACACAAGUCCUCUCGCAGUAACAGUCGACGUCGUCAUGAGAGUGAAGAAGGGGACAGUCACAGGAGACACAAGCACAAAAAAUCUAAAAGAAGCAAAGAAGGGAAAGAGGCUGGCAGUGAGCCCGUCCCUGAACAGGAGAGUGCUGAAGCUGCCCCUGCCGAGUAGGCUCCGCCUUCUUUGUCUGUCAGUCCCAGAAAUAGAUGCUAUAAAUCUUCUUAUUUUUCUGGAUAAUGUUGAAGAAAUAUACCCUUAAUCUUGUUCUGUUAGAAUGAAACGUUAACUUUUUCUUUUCCAAAAUAAAAAUGUGCAUUUUUCUGUGUUAAGUUAAAAAAUCUUUGUCUUGUAAUAUUUAAAGAAUAAAAGACAGAAAUGACUUUAUAUCCAAGAAAGUAAUGUGAAUGAGUCAGCAGGGGAUUUAGAGAAGCUUGGCUAUGUGUAAACAGUAUGAUGAAAGUCAAGGACUCACAUUGGCCAGCUUUCUGGUUAUUCAGAUACUGUUGCAAAAGAGGUGCUGCAAAGACCCCCUGCAGCGAAGCUGCUCUUCACCUUACUAUAGUCUCCUGCAUUUUCAAGAACAUGGACACUUCCUUGGCAUCACUGCCUUUCUAGCAGGGUUUCACUGUUCUGAAAUUGGGUCCGUGGUAACUAAAAGGGCCAUUUUUAUAACUAAAUUCAUAGAAGGUAGGAGGCAUUUGGGUGGCCCUGUGAUGUAACUGUGUACUUUCUAACAGGCACAUGUGUAGAUCCAGUUGUGACUAGCACAGCGCUGUACCAUUCCAUGGCCAUCUGUUUGAGCUAGGGUCAAGGCUGUUUGGCUGCUGUUAACAUGUUUUCCAAGGCUCAUUGGUAGAGUACAAUGUAGGUUGUUUUUUUUUAAUACCAUUACCAUAUUAAGGAUAAAAAUAAACUCAAUGACAGUAGUGUUAGGUCCGUUAUUUCUUAGUAAAGCAAAAAAAAUCCAAGCUUAAAAUAUGGACUUAGUCCAGGAGGGAAUACAGAACAGCAGUGUUUAGUGGCUAGGAACAUGGUGUAUGAAAGAAUGACUUAGAGCCACAGGUAAGAGGAUGGCUAGCAUUUAGAAAAGAUUUAUUUCUCAUUUUAAAUUCUCUACUAUUAAAUUUAAAUCCCUGUAAUAUGCUCCUCCCUGAACUCCACAUAUACCAUAUAGAUUUUUAUGGGAUUUUUAUUGAAUAGAAAAAUAUAAACUUAAAAGUUUGGAGUGAUGAGGAAUCCUCCACACCAAAUAAAAACUUACCGGUUUUUAUUUUUGAAAACAUUCUGAGGUGUCACUUGUUUUCACAAUAUCAUACUUUUCUGGUAUUUUUUACAAUAUAAUCUUUAAAUAUAAAAAUUGACAAGAUAAAUACAGUUUUACCUAGCCUGUGAUCUUUUUUCUGUUUUCUAAGAUCCAUUGUUGGUUUUAUAAAAAUGUACCAGGCCAAGAAGCAAUAGUGAGAGUAAUUCUCCCUUUAAGUUCUUUGAGCAUCCUUGCCAAGCAGGCGUGUAUCAUGCCAGACGUACUCCUCCCAUUGACAGCGAGAAGAAUGUCACCACAUCUAAGAAAAACAGGAUUGGCAUCACAAUUACUUGGUGGGCUUAGGUGGUAGUAGUGUUUGCCAUAUUUGUCCAAUUUAACUCUAAUUAGAUUUUUUUCCCUCUUCACUUAAAUUCUCCAAGCUCCAUUCAUCUUGCAGAAGAUAUAAUAAUAUAGGAAAUUGCAAUAUGGGACCAAGGCCAGUGUUUGUUUUUUGUUUUUAUUUGGUGUGGGGGGGUGAAGGGUGUCUCUGUGUAACAGCCUAGGCUGUCCUAGAACUUGCUUUGUAGACCAGGCUGGCCUCAAAUUCACAGAGAUCUAUCUACCUGCCUCUGCUUCCUGAGUGCUAGGAUUAAAGGCAUGCACCACCACCGCCCAGCUUAAGUUUGAAUUUCUUAAACUUAACUAGCACACUCAUGUUUUAAUUUCUCACUCUUCAAGAAUGUAAAUAUAUGCUUUCUUUCAAGUGGGGCCAAGUUUUUACAUGUAGAAAACAAAAUACUUGAAUAUUAUUUUACCUAAUUCUUCCAUCAUUGUAUGCUGGCGUUCCUUCCACAAUGGAUUUUAUAAAAAAAGGUUUGUUCCCAGUGUAUUCUUCAUAACCUCCUACAAUGCAGAAGCCCAGACUUCCCGAGGUGUUCCUCCGUAGUGUCACAUCUUUACAGUUACAGAAGUACCUGAAAUAGAAUAUAAUUAGUGUAUGUACAGUUGAGUUCACUAAUUGUGACUUCAUCCCUCAUUCAUAUUUUUGGACAUUUUAAAAAAAGUAAAAUAAUACAUGCAUAUGUCUGCCUCAGAAAGGACAGUAACUUUUCAUGCUCUUAGCAGCUUUUGUGUUUGAUCUCUUCCACAGCUAAAUACCCUACCCUUCCAACAAAAGGAUUUCAUUAUUGUGCUCUGUUUGUCUCUGCUGAAAAAGAUGACUAUGGUUUGGCUAAGGACAACGUAAUGCAUGGACAUAUGGACCAAACAUUGGAUAUGCCUCAUACUUCUAAUGAUAAGCCAAAGUGGAGACUACUGAGGGAAUAUAAUUUUUAUAUAUUUGUGAGUUUACAUAAUUCUUAAAGAAGGCAAACUUUCUUUGAAUAAGUGAUUCACAAUGAAAUAAUCAUGAUGAAAAUAACUUUAACUUAAGCUAAUGAACUUCAUUAAGUGUAGAAUUACUAUUGACCCUUGAAAAAUACUGGUGUAUACUCACAGAAACAAAGAAGACUGUAGACAUAAGAUGAAUGGGAAGUGGAUCAAAAAAGAGUAGAAGAGUUGUAGGAAUAAAGUCAACAUGGCAUAACCUGACUGGAGAGUUCAAAAGGAACUGGAGAAGGAAAGACCAUAGCGGGCAUAAGAAUGAGUAGAAUCCUCAAUAGGGUAGUUGUGAUUGUUAGAGCCAAGUGCAAACUGCUGUAGUGCAGUAGGAAAGGGUGUCAGGAGCUGGAGUUGGCUCUGGGAUCCCUUGUCUACCAUGUGUGUCUAUGGUCUAGGAACUGCUUUGACUGGAAGAUAGCAUUUUUAUGUUGGUAGAAAUGAAGAUGUUUUGUUUAUAGACUGUACCUUAAAAUAAUCAACUGCUUUUUGAUAAUCAAUAAAAAUGAUCUUGUGAAAUGUUAA